AGUGAUUCGCCGGGAGUGCUAACGGGUGGACGUGCGUCGUGUUAAUAUUUUAGUGACCCAAUGCGCAUUGGGUCACUUUAGGACUCAAACUGAGUGACAGAAAAAUAUUUACAAGUCCAAAAUGAAACGAAGAGCGGAUCUGAUUUUAAAGAUGUUAGAGCACAAAAAAGAGGAAGAGGAAAUUAUUAGCUAUAACAAAGAGAAUAUUUCUUCUAAGGUGAAUGUUGCAGAUAAUGAUGGAAAUACAAAUGAAUCACUAAAACGAAAUAGACCUAAUAGUGAUAAACUUGAGCUGACCUGCAAUGCUAUAGAUGUAGAAAAAAAUACUGAAAAUGAUACCUUCGAAGAUGAAACACUUGCCAAGAAUUUUAGGACCCGGAAUUUAUCGACGUCUUCAAGCUCUUCCUCUUCAAGCUCUUCGUCUUCAAGCUCGUCACCUUCAACCACAAAGUUAAGUUCAUCUAACUCGUCGACUUCUAUAGAUCGUUCUGAUAAGAAGCAACAUGCCGCUCCUCCAUUAAGUCCAAACCCGAGUACCAGCAAGGAACAUGCUCCCCGUUGUUCGUCAAGCCCAAAGCCGAGUAACAGCAAGGAACAUGCUCCCCGUUGUUCGACGAGCCCAAAGCCAAGUAACAGCAAGGAACAUGCUCCCCGUUGUUCGUCGAGCCCAAAGCCGAGUACUAGCAAGGAACAUGCUCCCCGUUGUUCGUCAAGCCCAAAGCCGAGUAACAGCAGGGAACAUGCUCCCCGUUGUUCGACGAGCCCAAAGCCGAGUAACAGCAAGGAACAUGCUCCCCGUUGUUCGUCGAGCCCAAAGCCGAGUAACAGCAAGGAACAUGCUCCCCGUUGUUCGUCAAGCCCAAAGCCGAGUAACAGCAAGGAACAUGCUCCCCGUUGUUCGUCGAGCCCAAAGCCGAGUAACAGCAAGGAACAUGCUCCCCGUUGUUCGUCGAGCCCAAAGCCGAGUAACAGCAAGGAACAUGCUCCCCGUUGUUCGUCGAGCCCAAAGCCGAGUAACAGCAAGGAACAUGCUUCCCGUUGUUCGUCGAGCCCAAAGCCGAGUAACAGCAAGGAACAUGCUCCCCGUUGUUCGUCGAGCCCAAAGCCGAGUAACAGCAAGGAACAUGCUUCCCGUUGUUCGUCGAGCCCAAAGCCGAGUAACAGCAAGGAACAUGCUCCCCGUUGUUCGUCGAGCCCAAAGCCGAGUAACAGCAAGGAACAUGCUCCCCGUUAUCCGUCGAGCCCAACGCCUUGUACCAGCAAGAAACAUGCUUCCCGUUGCUCACCGAGCCUAUUAGGGCCGAACUAUCAAAUAUCACCUAUUCACACUGAUGAAAGUGAUGUAGACCUCAGCGACUCUGAUCCUACGUUUAGGUUAGAUAGCAAUAAAGGUGAGGAUGCUUCAUCAUCUGAAUCUGUUUCCCAUUCUGCUGCCACUGAAAGUAAUGGCAAAAAGAAAAAAAACUAGAAAACGCUUGAGAAAUCCCUCUAAGUGGAUACAGAAUGAAGUUAAACGAUUGAGAAAUGCGGGAAAAGCCUAUCAAUCCCUUUCAAAUC